UUGACUGAUUCUCCGUUCAUUCCCAGAAUGUCUCACAUCAGCUCCUGCCGCCCGGGCUGAGGAACCCAUGGACCUCCUGGUCCGCUCAGAGACUGUGCCAGCCCUGCCGUGUUUUCCCAGUGCUCUUCCACUGACACUUGUGGAAUAAGUUUUUUUACACACACUGGGCCGAUCACACAUUGGGAACACGAGCACCGCUGCCGAGCAGAGAUCCCGGGGCGAGUGUGCUGCUUAAUGUGGAAGGAUCGUUUGCAGAUUAAUUGGGUAUCCUGGUGCCGGCUUGAAGAGGGGGUGGGGUGGAAAGAGGAGCGGGCAGAAGGUGCCGAGUGCUGGGCGGUGGAGAGAGGCGGGCUGGAGUGAGUGACGGAAUCAACUGAAGUUGGAAUAAGUUAACAAGAGUCAACUCAGCGUGGACGGGAGAGCUGAAAGGGAAUGAAUGAAUGAAUGAAUGAAAAGGUUCUGGACACACUGAGGAGAGAAGCAGGAGGAUCGGGGACGCCGCCGAGAUCUAUGCGAGCGACACCGCCAGGGCUGCCGAACGCUCGUUGCCAGCUUCAGCCGGAGUUUGUGUGGUCGCCUCACCCCUUCUUUGCUCUCGCUGUAGGAUCGAAUCCAGAGAAGGGCUGUUUGAAGGAAACCUGUACUGCAGUUUUUAUUUGGGUCGCAUUGUAGGAUUUGGGACAGGCUGUUUGAGGAAUCCGCGAUGCCGAGGUUUCCCGGGACACUGCACUUUCUCUUGGCAUUCAUCAUCUGCUCAGCUUCGGGUUCUAGGCUACGUCUGGAAGAUUUUCCACCCCGAGUCGUUGAGCAUCCCUCAGAUCUGAUCGUUUCCAAGGGGGAGCCAGCCACGUUGAACUGCAAAGCUGAGGGACGGCCCACACCUAUCAUUGAAUGGUACAAGGAUGGAGAGCGAGUGGAGACCGACAAGGAUGAUUCUCGCUCCCAUCGCAUGCUGCUCCCCAGCGGGUCGCUCUUCUUCCUGCGUAUCGUACACGGCCGGAGGAGCAAGCCGGACGAAGGCGUCUACGUGUGCCUCGCGAGGAAUUAUCUCGGGGAGGCGGUCAGUAGAAAUGCAUCCCUGGAAGUAGCGAUCCUGCGUGAUGAUUUCCGCCAAGCGCCCAGCGAUGUUGUGGUGGCGGCAGGGGAACCCGCAGUGAUGGAGUGCCUCCCACCAAGAGGGCAUCCAGAGCCAACCAUCUCCUGGAAGAAAAACAAUAUACGCAUCAACGACAAGGAGGAGCGGAUCACAAUCCGAGGGGGAAAGCUGAUGAUUUCAAACACGAGGAAGUCUGAUGCUGGCAUGUACGUCUGUGUGGCCACCAACAUGGUGGGUGAACGGGACAGUGAGCCAGCAGACCUGGUCGUUUUUGAACGGCCAACCUUCAUCAAGCGUCCUGUAAACCAGGUGGUCCUGGCAGACGACACCGUGGACUUUCAUUGCGAGGUGCAUGGCGACCCCGUGCCGACCACCCGCUGGCGCAAGGAGGAGGGCGAGCUGCCACGGGAAAGAUUUGAGAUUCAGCCUGACAACAGCUUGCGGCUGGUACGGGUUAGCAGCGAGGAUGAGGGGACAUACACCUGUAUUGCAGAAAACACUGUGGGUAACGUUGAAUUCUCGGGCACUCUGACUGUGCAUGUUGGUCCAUUCAUGCCUCCGCAGAUCAUUGUGCGGCCUCGUGACCAGAUUGUGGCCCAGGGCCGCUCCGUUACCUUCCUCUGUGAGACCAAGGGAAACCCUCCACCAGCUGUCUUUUGGCAAAAGGAGGGAAGCCAGAUCCUGCUUUUUCCCAGCCAGCCUCAGCCAUUGGGGCGUUUUUCUGUCUCUCCAAAAGGUGAACUGACAAUUACUGAUGUCCAGUCAGGCGAUUCUGGAUAUUACAUGUGUCAGGCAAUCAGUGUGGCUGGCAGCAUCCUGUCUAAAGCACUCCUGGAGGUGGAAGAUGUCUCCUCAGAUCGAAUUCCACCCAUCAUCCGCCAGGGCCCCGCCAACCAAACACUUGGCGUUGAAUCUACAGCACAGCUCCCAUGUCAUGUGAUCGGGAACCCCCUUCCCAGUGUGCACUGGCUCAAGGAUGGACAGAGGAUCCUGGGUAAUGACCCUCGUAUCAGCAUGCUGGAUAACGGGACGUUGCAGAUUACCAAUGUACAGGUUAGCGACACUGGUAUGUACAUCUGUGUUGCCACAGGAUCAAGCGGGGAGACUACCUGGAGUGGCUACCUUGAGGUGCAAGAAAAUGGGAGCCCAACUCGUAUCCUCUCCGCUGAACCUGACCUUCUGCCGGGCCCUCCCUCGAAGCCGCUGAUCACCGACGUCACUCGUAAUAGUGUCACCUUGACAUGGCAGCCAAGCCAGCACAUCGGAGGCUCGGCAGUCACAUCAUACAUCAUCGAGGCGUUUAGCCAAUCUGCAGGAAGCACGUGGCAAACGGUGGCUGAGUAUGUAAAAGUGGAAAAGCAUACAGUGACUGGUCUGAACUUUAACACCAUCUAUCUGUUUAUCGUUCGUGCUGUCAACAAGUACGGCCUGGGAGAUCCCAGCCCCAUCUCUGAACCCGUCCGUACACAAGAUGUGAGCCCCACCGGGCAAGGUGUGGACCAUCGGCAAGUACAACGUGAGCUCGGGGAGAUGGUGGUCCAGCUACAGCCUCCUGUCACCUUGACAUCUACAACCAUCCAGGUCACCUGGACAGUUGAUCGGCAAGCCCAAUUCAUUCAGGGUUACCGGGUGAUGUACCGAACCAAAACAAGUACCUGGCUGGUUCAAGAUGUGAAAUCCCCAGCUGAGCGCACUACCAUUCUUGUGGACUUGAAGAAGGGGAUGGAAUACGAGAUUAAGAUCCGCCCGUAUUUUGAUGAGUUCCAAGGAAUGGACAGUGAAUCUGUCACUGUGCGGACGCCAGAGGAAGCUCCUGCUGCUGCGCCACAAGCUGUUACCGUGGCAACAAUUGGCUUGAGCAACAGCACCAGUAUCAGCGUGUCCUGGGAGCCACCUCCCAUUGAGGAGCAGAAUGGAAUCAUCCAGGAGUACAGGAUCUGGUGCUUGGGAAAUGAUUCCCGUUUCCAUGUUAACAAGUCAAUUGAUGGAACUGUCCAUUCAACGGUUGUCCGCGGAUUGAUAGCUGGCAUGCUGUACCGUGUGGAAGUGGCAGCAGCUACCAGCGCUGGAGUUGGGGUCCGGAGCCAGCCUGCAACUAUCCUCAUAAAUCCAUCCUCGGACCAGGAGUCGGUUCUCGUGGAGGACAAUGAAAAUGUCAGCCUGGCAGAGCAGAUAACUGAUGUGGUGAAGCAACCGGCAUUCAUCGCUGGCAUUGGUGGCGCCUGUUGGGUGAUACUGAUGGGUUUCAGCGUGUGGCUCUACUGCCGGAGGAAGAAAAGGAAGGAACUCAGUCACUACACUGCUUCUUUUGCGUACACACCAGCAGUAGCUUUUCCGCACGCUGAGGGUUCAGGCAUCACCAGUAGCAGACCAGGAAUCCUGAGCGCAAAUGUCACCAACUACCCCUGGCUGGCGGACUCCUGGCCAGCCUCCAACCUGAUGCGGAACAGCAAUGGAAAGGAAAGUUCUGCUGGCUCUUGCAUAGCAAAACAUGAAACUGCUGAGCGGUUCUACAAUGAAGCCGGCAUUUCCAACUACAUUGCUCAGACGGAAAAGUUUGGAACAAUGAUUUCUGAUGGGCCUAUUUAUAGCACCAUCGACUCUGCCAGUGAUGAGAUGCGUACGUUCAAUGGGGCUUUCCCAAAUCAGCAGACCACACUGUAUGCAAGCACUCCUGUGGUGCCCCUUGGAGCCCAGAACCAGUACACUACGGACCCUGUCAAUGGGCACUGGGGUGCCCAGCCCGGACCUUCCAGCACCCAGUAUACCCAGCCAGAGCGUGGAAGACAGGAUGCCGGUGGGAAAACCGGGAAGCAGAAACUGAAUGCCAAGUCAGUGAAGGCUGCCCCUCUGAACUGGACAGAUCUACUGCCUCCACCGCCACCCAGCGUAGAUGUUGAUUCCUAUGAUGACGAAGAGGAGUUGGAGUAUGGCCCUGGUGCUGAUGACUGGUGCCCCCCACUCCCUGAAAGAACCUACUUGGCGGAAGGUGCUAGCGAGGAUGAAGGACCCCCUCCACCACCACGAGGUGACGCAUCAUCCCCUGCCACUUCAUAUGGGCAACAAUCGACAGCCACGCUGACACCAUCACCUCGAGAAGAAGCGCGGUCGACAGGACAUAGAGCAACGGAAGAUAUUCCAAGGCUUCAUCAGUUUGAGAUUCCACAUUUACACCGGAGACUCCCAGUGGGACCAGUCCCUCUGCCCAGACCUCCAACACCUCCACCAUCGCAGAGCCACUCCAACGUGAAUGAGAAUGAGGAUGCUGUCACAGAAUCCGCAGGCCCACACCGGCAUGGCCACAAACGCAACCUGAGCCAGACCAUGGCCAAUAGCAGUGAGAAUGUCAGCAUACCUGGAGCAGGGAAGACAAGGUACACACCAGUGAUGGGGAGUGGUAAUGUAAACACCCCACCCAGCCAGAAAGCCCGAGCAAAGAAGAAAGCUAAGCAGAAUCAGUAUCGUCGUGACCUCUCCCAAGGGGAUCUUCCACCACCGCCUGAGCCUCCCCCAGCUGAUGGAGUUGUGGAGACUCCUUACUUACAGCCCAAUAGAAUGGAGACCGGGGGGACCUCGCUUGACCAUGAUGGAAAUGCUUCGUGCACCGAGAGGAGACCAUCAGCUGAUCAACGAACAGACAGUGCACACCCUCACAACAGAGCUGCAUCUUCACGACACAAAAAUGAAGAUGACUUAAUACCGUACAGUAAACCCAACUUCCUGCAACGGGGUCAGAUGUCAAGCAAUUGCUCCACAACAGGAAGUUCAUCAUCCAGAGGUUCAACCGGGUCACGGGGUCACGUACCAGGGCGAAGCAAAGCUGGAGUAGACCGCAGUGAGGACAAAAGAUGAACAGAAGACAGGAAUGGGCAAAAGAACCAGGCUGUAGGUGAGGUCUCCAACAGAGGCACCUCCCAUGCUCUUAUUCCCAACCCUGGAAAAAAUAAUAAUUUGCCUUGUAUGAAAAAAAAUCAAAGUUUGAAAUUUCAAGAAAAAAAACACUUUUAUGUUUAAUUUAUGACAUCAGGAAAAUUCAUGUUAACUUUGUAAAUGUAAAUAGCUGGGAUUUUUUUGUUCGUUUGUUAUUAAGCAUUUCCUGGCCUUCUGGUGAACGUAUUUAUAAAUGAAAAAAAAAAGAUAAUGUUGGAUAUUAUAAGGUAUUUGUCUGAAUGUGCCAAUCUUUUUCAAUAGCAAGUAUGUGUCUAACAGACUAAAUGAAAAAAAUAUAUUUGCACUCUGUAACACACACACACACACACACACACACACACUCACUCACUCACUUCUGGAUCCCCCAAACGAUCCUGUUGGCCAUAGAACAGCCUAUUUGGGAAACAUAAGAUUGGAUGGAUUAGACACUGGCUGUGGAUAUCCCCAUCUGUGUUCCGAGAUGAUGCUUUUUAGCGGACAAUGAUACUGAAGUGAAUAUGCAUUGGAAAAAGCCGUUAGCUUAUGCUUGCUGGGUGAGAACCGUUCAAUUUGAAGAUGAGUCUGUUGGAGGUGGGAGGGUAUUGGCUGCUGGUAUAAAGUUUUAAUAAGAUUGAAUGUAGCCUGAUAUUUUGUUGUAUUAAAAAACAUUUCGUUAAAAUGUUCAGUAGAUAAACUAAGAGUGGUUAUUUAUCUAGAGGUAUAUAGAAACACAAUGUCUGAUGCGCAAAGAAGGAAAUUGACCAGUGACUGAUAAUAAAAAUAGGGCAUGCAUCUCAGCUGGAGGUUUCUCCUUUCUAAAUGAGAUUUUCUCUUGUUUUGCAUAUAUCUGGCAAAGCUAAGUCAUAGAGGUAGAGUUGACAGUUUAGUACUCCCACCAGUGAGCCUCACUUUGGGAUCAUUAAUUCAAACAUCAAAGGAAAGGCCACCAUUUAGAGGCCAACCCAAUCUUCAGCACAUUACUAUACAAAUACCUGGCUGGGUGCUGUAGCUGUCAUGCCUGAUAUUCUAAUCAGUUCUUUUGGUGUUUGGGUUUCUAUGUUGAGUGUAAAAUGGAUUGUUUUUUUUGUAAAAUGAGUUGGUUUUGAGUAAUUUUGCCUCCCUGCAUCUGACAAAUCAACUAAGAUUUUUCACGCCUCUGGAUUGGUUCCUGGCCUCUGUCAGGUCUAGUUCUGGUUCUCUGAUUUGACUGUUUGGUAAAAAUGGCUAGCACUGUAUGAAUUAAUGUGAGAGUACAUUUGAAGAGGAGGAUUAUAACUCUAGGUAAAUGCAAACAUAACCAAACUUUUACUCAUGUCUCAACUGAUUAGUAGUAUUUCCAGAAUACGUUACAUGCAGCCAGUGAGGCUUUGACAGUUGACCCUAACACUGUGAUGUUAAAUUGGAUUUAAGUCUGCCAUUCCACUUGCUGGUGGUUUACUUAAGUGUCAGGUGAUGGCAAGAUUGCAAUGGGUUGAGUUGGAUUUGGCUUACUAUUGUAAUCUCCCCUCCCCUUUGGUUGUGUUGGAAGACUACCCAAAACAUAAGGCAAGGAAGAAAGUUUGAUGGACAGGGACAUUCCAAGAUGGACUCCUGAAUCUAGUGACAGCUGCAAAAUAUUACAGAGUCACCUGUAUCUUCAGUCAUAGACAAAGAGAUUGCAAAGAUACCCUUGGCCAACCCAGUUCUCCAUGAGGGUCCACAAUGUUGCAGUCCAUUCUCUGGAUAAUACUGCUAAUGGAACUGCAGGAUUUCCAAAUCAUUCAGCCUUCCAUAUAAUCCCACGGAAAGUCCCCUGAUACAGUGAGCAAGAAUAUAAGUAGAAUGCCUUCAGCCCUGUCGAGAAUUUUCGGGUGGACCUUUGAUAGUUGUAUUUCUUGCUUGUAUUCAUGAGGGAAGGUAGUGAGAAUUCCAGUGUGUAUGUGAUCCUGCGUACUGCAGGAUUAUCGCUAUGCCUGCAUACACUUCAAGGGCUCCAAAGCGCGACUAUUGCUAUGUAUAAUAGAAAGAGGCUGAGAUUUCUGCAGGGACGGGGUUGCACUGUUAGCUUACCAUCGCAAUAUUCCAGUCAUGUUUAAGGCAGAUGAAAUAGAGCUCAAAAGUCUGAGCAAACACAUUGUGUGGAUGGCUUGAAUGCUGGUUAAAUGUUCCUAAUGGUCAGAAGGCUGCACGCCAACUGUUUUAUAGAGGUUAAACAAACAAAUAGGCCCUGACAAGACAUCCUGUACAUUAUGUGCCAUCAACAAGACCCAUAAAUCCAAUGAUAAGAUUGGACCACACUCAUUAAUUAGUUAAGCAAAUGUAGAGUCAAUAGCAGAUGUUCCUCUGAAAUAACUGAAAGUGUUCUCGUUUUUAUUCUGUUUCUCAUUCACAGUGUAAAGUCAAAUUGUACCAAAAAUACUGUUAUUGUUAGACCUGACCAAAAAUAUUCUGGUUUUCUCUAACCCGAAGACUAUAAUUUUUUUAAAGAAUUAAACAUUUUAAGGAAGCCAAACAGAAUGCCUUUAUUUUUCUUU